AUUCUCACUUGCAGUAAUACAGACGCGAAAACCAGACGAUAGAAAAAAGUUAUACAAAACAACGGUAAAAACGAAGCAAAAAUAAUUAUACAAUACAAUAAAUAAAUAUUCAAAGCAAAUAGAAAAUUAAUAAAAAGUAAUUAAAGUACCUAGAAAAAAACAAAGAAAUUAGCAAUAGCUGAAGGAUAAAAAGGGAAUUACUAAAAUUACCCCCACCAACCCAUUUUCCAACAAACACGUUAUUAAAAAAAGAAAAAGAAACAAAGUAGUAGACAUUUAUUUUAACGGGGAAUUAGUUACACACACAUUGUGGAGAGUUGUCAAAUUGUUUAUUAACUCGAAAAGAAGAGAGAAAAAAAAAGAGAAAAUAGAAAAAAGUCAUUGCACAAAGUAGUGAAAUUGUUGUUGCUGUUAUUUGAAAUAAGUAACAAACACGCACAAUUAAAAAUAGAAAUUCUGCAGAAAACUUAAAAAGGCCUUAUUAUUUCAUAAGUUUUUAUACAUUGUGUUUCUUAAAAUAACAAUAUAAUUCAAUAAAUUUUGUGCAAAAACAAUAAUCUAACAAGUCAUUGGUUUUGUGUUUUGUGUUUUUCAUUAGCAGUUGGCAAAAACAAAAAAAAGUAAAAGAAACAAAGUGACUGACUAAUAAAGUGCUAUUAAGAAAAUACAAAGAAGAAAAAAACGUGUAAAACAAAAAGAAAAAUAUAAAAAAAACAGCAACAAAGUACGAUAAAACCAGAAAUAGUUUAACGUUUCAUAGCAAAAUUAGAAAAAACACAGCUGAAAAAUUAGACACGGCAACAAACACUUAAAUAAACAUUAAUAAACGAAAGACAACAACAAAACUAACAUAAUUUAAGAGCUAAAUACAACAACAUUACAGUGAUUACCCUGACAAAUGUUAAAUUUGUUUCAAAAUAAUAAAAACAAAGAAACAGUGUUGCAAAUGUUAACACAAAUAGUUAAAGGAAAAUAUCGUUAAUUUGGAAAAUAAACAAAAAAAAAAAAAAACAAAUUUAUUAAAUUUUAAAAAUUAUUAAAAUCUUUCUCUAAAGCAAAAAUACUACAAUGUAAACUGUUAAAACAAAUUAAAAUUUAUUGAAAAAAAGAAAUCAUUAAAUAUUUGUAAUAAUUACAUGUGUAAUAAUUUGACAGACAAAAACCUCAAAUCAUAUGUAUUUUUGACAUUGACAUUUUCCCCCCGCCCUCUGAACAUAAAUACUCACAAUUUGCUUAACAAACUAAAUUCCUUUAAAAUUAUUUGUUUUUUAUCAACAAAAAAGAGUAAAAUUAUCAGUAACGGCGCUCUAAUUAUUUGAGAGUAAUUGACGCUCUAUUUUAUUUCCUUUUUAAUCUGUCAUUUCGUAAAUAUUAAUAGACAAAGUCAAACGAAAAAAAAACACACACACAACAUCCCCUAUUAUACCGUUAUUUUUAUGCUGCUUUUUGUUUAAAACAAGUUGCCACCCUUUUAAAACAUAAAUGUUAAAAUAAAUAAUCUAAUAUCAAUAACAAAUACUUAAUAAACUUAACUUAUAAAUUACAACAAAAGUUACUUAAUAAAUUGUUAACUCAACUAGUGAUUACGUCGCGGAUUUCUGAAUUCCCCUCCACAUCAUUAAAAUUCAUUUGAAGUAUUUGGAUUUUAUUUUUGCGGCUGGAAUAUAAUUAAUAAUUAUAUAACUACUUAAUUUUGAUGUCCUAAAUAUUAUUUAUAUUUAAAACCAUUAUCGAGAUCAAGUUCCUGUGUUCAUUCAUAAAUUUCGCGUUAUUUUUUAACCAUAAAUUAAAAAAAAUGUCAUCUACAUUUACCGUCAUCCUGUCAACAGAAACAAAAUUUUCUAAUUAACAAUAAAAAUUUCAUUUAUCAAAGUGACUGAAUAAUAACAAAAUAAUAAAUAUACAACAAACGAUAACAAAAACAACAAUAAAACGAUAAAUAUUAAAAGAAAACAAAAAACAAGAAACAGAUACGCACAAAAUCAUAACGAUAAAAGUGAAACAAAUAAUAAAUUCUUAAAUUAAGUUCCAUUAAGAAGCAAGAUACCGCCUUCUUUUCAUUAAUAAACAUUAAAACAAAAGGCAGCUUCCAUGCAAAAUUUCGAAAUAAAAUAUUUACAAAUUUGCCAACAACAUGUUUGUUCAAAAAGUAAAUAGUAACGCGAUCAUUUGACAACUACUGGAAAAACGUAUCUGGUAUCAAGCUAUAAAACAUCACAUAAAAUUGUGUGAAAAGUGUUAAAAAAAAUUAAAAAAAGAAGAAUUUUUUUAAAAAACUAUUAUUUUUAAUUUCAAUUAUUUUGUUUAUUCAACUAAAAAAAAUCGCCCUAAAAAGUGUUUAACAGUGUUUUUUAUAAAAACUUAGUGUGUGAAAAAAAAUUCGUUUAAAAAACCAAAAAUUAUCAAACCUACCGCAUGAGGGUUAACGUGUCUAAAGCAUUCAUUUCAAAAACGUUUAUGUACGGUUUGAAAGUGUCACUUCAACGCCAAUUAACUAAAAGCAAUAAAAAGAAAUUUUUGAAAUUUUACUUAAAUCUAGAUAAAACAAUUAAACAAAAACAAAAGUUCAUAAACCUCAACACUCCACUUCACGAAGCCUUAACGCUAUUAACGGAAUUUGCAACAUUUGCAAGCCUAUUACAACCCCUACUCUUAGCAGUAGUAGUCGUAGUACUAAUCAAUAUAAUUAUUUCGUUUAACGGGUUUAGUCGUUUAACGGUCUUAAUGAAUGACUUUCGGUUAAAAACUUUCUAUUGUAAAUCGAGCAAAUCUAGUAAAUCUAAUAAAACAAUUAAAAAAUCAUCCACCAAGUUAGUGAGUAAAACAUAUAGUACAACUUUAACAUCAGCAGCUAUAAUAAAACUGAAAUUAUCGUCAACGUUAACGACGACCAACACCAACUCCUCCUCAUUUACGCCCACAUCAGCGGCAGCAGCUUUUGCAACGUCUGCCACAUUGUUGAAAGUAAAAAGUAGUAAAAAUAAUAAUCAUAAUCGUACUUACAACAAUAGUAGUAAAUCGAAUAAAGUUUUUCUCUAUUAUACACCACGUGAUCCACGUUUAAGGAUUUUAAUAAAAACUAAACAUUUUUCUAAAAGACCCCAACAACAACAACAAUCUCAAGUUUAUAAUAUUAAUUGUUGUAAUAAUAAAAGUUUAUUCAAAGUUUUAAGUGAUUUGUGUAAUUAUGGUGAAUUAAUCGGUGGUCAAACAAAUAGUGGUGUUAAUAAAACAAUUGUUAAACAAUUAACUAAUAAUAAGAAUAAUAAUAAUCAUAAUAAAGCCAAUUUAAAUAAAACUAAAGAAAUUUGUGAUAAUUUAAUAAAAACCAGUGAUAAUUUAAUUGUUGCAACUGCUGCUAGUGCUGCCAUCGAAACAUCUUCUGCCGACGUUUUAAUUGUCAUUUUAACUGUUGUUGCUGUUAUAAGUGAAUACACCAAGGAAUUGUUAAAAUUUAUUGAAAUUUUAUUAAGUUUCUACAAAAGUCAUCAACAUUUAAAUAUAUACGAGGUGAAUACUAUACUUGGUUUACAUGAAAGCAUCCUGUAAAGAUAAUCGUCAUUAUCAACGUUAGACAAAUACAGACACUUUGUAAGUUAAGUCUAAAUUUGUUCAAGGCUGUUGUACAAGGAAAGCCUGAGAAAAACAAGGACAAGAAGGACCUGUCUCAAAAUUUCUCCUUCAAACCCCCCUUUAUACAAA